GAAUGGUGCUAGAUAAUGGAAGCACAGAAAAAAGUCCAUCGUGGGAGAGUCGUCAGACAGCUGCCGGGGUGUGACAGUGGAUCAGCAAACAUGUCAGGCAAACUGGAAGGCAACAUUUUAGUGACUGGGUCCAACAGAGGCAUUGGUUUGGAGUUGGUCAAACAGCUGGCGGAGACCACAGGAGAAGGGGCUCACAUUUUUGCCAGCUGCAGAGCACCUGAGGGACCCGGGGCUGAGGCCCUGAGAAACCUCAGCACCCAAUCUCCUGGAAAGAUCACUCUAAUCAAACUAGACACGUCAGAUGAGGACAGUAUCUCAGCUGCUGUCCAGACUGUGAAGGAGCAGAUCGGAGAUGGUGGGUUGAACCUCCUCAUCAACAAUGCUGCCAUUACUAAACCUGAGACACCCGCUCCAUUAUCUGCCACGGAGAAAAAGCACAUGAUGGAGGUGUAUGAAACCAAUGUGGCCGGACCAUUUCUCAUUGCAAAGAUGCUUCUUCCACUCCUCCAGAGAGCAGCGGAGAUCUCACCUGAGGACAAGGGUGAUAAAAUGUCCUGCAGGAGGUCGGCCAUCAUCAACAUCUCAUCAAUAAUCUCCUCUAUAGAGAAAUGUCCAGAAAACUUUAAUGUGGCACCACUGUACGCAUAUAGGGCCAGCAAGGCAGCACUGAACAUGGUGACUCGCUGUCAAUCUGAGGACUUCAAGGGACACAACAUACUGGUGACAGGAGUCCACCCAGGCUGGGUCAAAACUGACAUGGGAGGACAAGGGGGUGCUUUGACCAGUACUGACAGCGUACGUGGCAUACUCAGCACGCUGUCGUCACUCAGCAACAAAGACUCUGGGAUGCUUCUGGACUGGGAGGGCAACAAAAUCCCCUGGUAGUGGGCACCUCAGCAGGCUUAAUGGACCAAUCAUUUAUGCUUAGAAAAAUAAAAAAACACACAUCUGGUCGUCUGACUAUAACUCUUCUAUUUUUAGGUGCAGUUUUAAUUUUCCUGCCAGCAUGAUUUCCUUUUUUUGCAAAAUUGCAAAAUGAACGCUAUGCAUUAAUUUGUACUAUACCUGCGAAGUACAUUAAAGGGUAACUUCAGAGUCCAUCAUAAUAUAAUACUCACAUGUUCAUAUGUAGUAUGUUAUUGUGUUAGCAUGCAUGAAGCUUCAGCAGAAUAAUCAAGUGGGUAUCUUCUAAAACCACAGUGCUUUUAUUUUGAAGGCGAUGUACGCAUGUGCACCUGCACAUUAACAUUGAGUUACCUUGUUUCCUUUUUGCAUAUAGUCAAUAAAUUGCUUUACACAGACAUGCUUUAUAUUGUUUUUUGUGGUUUGUGAUUGGAGUUUUUAAUAUUUUUUACUGCUAUAUUUGAGUUACUCCACAUUAACAGUCUUAUCAUAACACACAUUCUUACCAGUAGCUCAAAACCAGAUAAUUUACUGCAUUUCCUAAAGCCAUGAAAAAAAGUUUUGGUGCGGCCUUCAUAGUUUCUCAUGUGGCCCCUUGGGAAAAGGAAUUGCCCACCCCUCUUCUAAAGUCACAGUCCAUAUUAUAGAGUGCCACAGGAAUGAGCUCUUAAACCCGGAAGUAAAUUAGCAUUUUAGCGCCCUGUGGUCUAUCCUCUCAAACUCAAUGAGGAUUUUGAAUGGGCUGGAGGUUAGAUGGCUGAAAUAAAGCCUGUGGUGAACACAAGCUUACACCGCAAAAAAG